GAUCCACCCGCCGCAGCCCUGCCGGACCGAGCUGUGCCGAACCGGACCAGGCCAGGACAACCCCAAGCGGGUCCCAUGUAGGCUAAGUGCACCCCUCCCCCCGCCGGCGUGACCCGAGCUAGAAAUGUAAUAACCGGGCGGAGAUUAUUAUAACCGGGUGUUACAGGAGCCAGAAUAUGGAUUUCCGUGGGAAGAAGUAUGAACGUGGCAGCAACUGGUCGGACCCGGAGGUGGUGGAGCUGCUGCAGCUCUGGGGCAAUGAGUCGGUGCAGAUGGAGCUGGAGAGCUGCCUGAGGAACCAGCACGUCUUCAACCGGAUCGCAGACGUCCUGAGGGAGAAAGGGAUCCACCGCACGGGCGACCAGUGCCGCGAGAAGAUCAAGAAGAUGAAGCUGGAGUACCGGCGGCUGAAGGACAACAGUAAGACGCUGCGCGGCGGCCGAGCGUGGAAGUUCUAUGAGGUCAUGGACCGGGUGCUGACCCACCGCCCGACCAUCUCCUAUGGAGCCAUGGGCCCUGGCGGGGUGCUGGGGCAGGCGGUCCUGCAGGGGCAGCUCUCGGACGGCUUCCACAACCACUUCCCUCAGUACGGCCAUGCCCAGCACUCGGAUCUGAUGGAGAUCAAAUGUGAGGAGGUGCAAUCUGACGAGCAGUGUCUGACCCCCGAGCCCCCCUCCAUGACCUACAUACACGACUCUGGGGCCGAGCAGGAAGAGGAGGAGCAGAGCCUGAUGGAGCGGGGGGCCCCCGACUCCCCCAUGUCAAGAGUGGAGGUGACCGAAGACGUCAGCGCGUCCCCCUCAGGCUUUAGCGAAUCCAACAUGGCUGGAUCGUCCGGGCAGAGCCGUCGCCAGCGGUUAUGGAGAAAGCGUAAGAACCACGAACCGCUGAACCAGCUGAUCUCCCAGAUGCUGAUGGCGCAGCGAGCGUCCGAGGAGCGCUUCCUCCAGAUGGAGGAGCGGCGGAUGGAGCAGGAGCAGGAGGCCGAGGAACGGAGGCUGCGCCUGGAGGAGCGGAGACUGCAGCUGGACCGCCAGCACGAGCUGCGGAUGUUCACCGUUUUUGCCCAGAUGUUGGGCAUGAUACGCCAGGGGGGAGGGGCAGAGGCCACGCUCCCCACAGACGCCGGCUUUUCUCAAGAGGGGGACGUCGUAGGCAAGGGAGUAUCGGGGAAGGUGCAGGAGUCCACAGUGGGGGACGUCUACAGCUGCAGCCAGUACUGCAGCCCCUAUCUCUCCACCCGCGGGAACAUCCUGAGCGGCUUCCAUGGAUCCUCCGAGGAGGGGUACAGAGCCUACCACGAAGACAAGUACGAUGAGGACAAGAACCCCAACGGAAUCAUCAACUUCGGCACCAGUGAGAACAAGCUGUGCUUUGAUCUGAUGUCCAAGCGGCUGACGCAGAGUGACAUGAACGUGAUUGAGCCGCCGCUGCUGCAGUACCCGGACUGGAAGGGACAUACCUUUCUGAGGGAGGAGGUGGCGCGUUUUUUUACCUAUUACUGUAAAGCACCCGCACCUUUAAAUCCUGAAAAUGUGGUCAUCUUGAAUGGCUGCGGCUCCCUGUUCUCCUCCAUGGCCGCGGUCCUGUGCGAUCCAGGAGAUGCGAUUCUGAUCGCCGCCCCCUUCUAUGGAGGAAUCACACAGAGUAUCUUCCUGUACAGUGGCAUCAAGCUGGUCUACGUGCACCUGGAGAGCAAGGUCACGUUACCGGAAACCCGUCCGUUCCAGCUGACCGUGGCGAAACUGGAAUCAACCAUGCAGACUGCCAAGGAGGAGGGCACUAAUGUAAAGGCAUUCAUCCUGUUAAAUCCACAAAACCCCUUGGGAGACGUAUAUUCUGCGGCUGAAAUGUUGGACUUCUUAGAAUUUGCCAAAAGGCACUCUUUGCACGUCAUAGUGGAUGAGAUUUAUAUGCUGUCCGUGUUUGACGAGUCUGUAGUGUUCCACAGCGUGCUGAGCCUGGACAAGCUUCCUGAUCCUCAGAGGACUCACGUUAUGUGGGGAAUUAGCAAGGACUUUGCCGUCUCAGGAGUUCGGUUUGGGACGCUCUACUCCCAGAAUCGGGACGUCUGCAAUGGCGUGGCCUCUCUCUGCUACUUCCACGGGGUCUGCGGCCCCAUGCAGUACAAGAUAGCUCAGCUACUGCGUGACCGAGACUGGAUUAACCAGGUUUACUUACGAAUCAAUCACUCUCGCUUACGGGCGGCUCAGGCGUAUGUGGCAGACGAGCUCCGCGCCAUCGGCGUUCCCUUUCUAAACCGCAGCGCAGGAUUCUUCAUCUGGAUUGACUUCCGUAAGUACCUGCGGACUCCAACCUUUGAGGAAGAAGUCAGUCUAUGGAAGGAUUUCCUGGAUAAUAAGGUUCUCCUGUCUUGCGGGAAAGCCUUUGAAUGUUCGGAGCCCGGUUGGUUCAGGAUUAUAUUCUCAGACAAGACCCACCGGCUGCAGUUAGGAAUGCAGCGGAUCCGCAAGGUGCUGGAAAGGAGGGAGAAAGAGCUGCAGAUAGAAGAGCAGAAUCCCGUAGAAGAAGACGGCAAAGCGGACAGCACGGACGAGGUCAUCUACGUGUCCAGUCACCACGAACCUUCAGGCUCCAACCUGAGCGACCUCAUCGUUCAGCUCCAGAACCAGAUGCGAUCGUCCGACUGGCUGCGGCGAAACACGGCGGAAAACUUUGCUCAGCAGAACCCGGAGGUUUUCCAGGUGUAUAGCAAAUAUGUGGGAAAGCAAUGAGGCAGAUGGGGCCGGGGCGGUGUGUCUUCUGGAGUCCUGUUCCUGUCAGAAUAGACUGUAUAGGUGCUUCCAUCUUGUAUGGCCCGUUGGACUCCAUCGGAAACCAGUUCAGGAUGGCUCCGCUCCAGCUGUUUGCAGCUUCCAUAAGUGGCUACAUACAUAUGGCUGCCAGAAGACCGAAGAUCGGGGGCUCGUCUUUAUCGUUGGGGCCAAGUAACUGGAAAUGUAACCAAAAAUAAUCUGUAGCACUUAAUGUACUGAAUAUUUGACACAUGCCCCCGACUUGUGCUAAACGGAGUAUUCUCCUGCAUUCGGUCUGUUUCAUUUUUCAUAAACUUCGUCAGGACAGGACAGGACCAUAGAAUGUGUCGACAGAUAAGAACCAUUUGGCCCAUCUAGUCUUCCUAAUACCAUCAGCAUCAUGGAGGACAUUUUUGACAUCUCUCUGCAAAAGAAAAGUCCUAAAAUGUGUUUUACAGUCGUGGCCGAGAGUGUUGGCACCCCUGAAAGUUUUCCAGAUAUUGAAGUAUUUCUCCCAGAAAAUUAUUGCAGUUACACAUGUUUUGUUAUACUUGUUUAUUUCCUGUGUGUGCAAUGCCAAAAAACGGAGAAAAAAACCCCAAAAUUACCAUACAUCAUUUCAUUCAAAACUCCAAAAAUGGGCCGGACAAAUUUACUGGCACCCUCAACUUAAUAUUUCUUUGGAGGAAAUAACUGAUAUCAGUCACUUCCUAUAACCAUCCACAAGCUUCGUACACAUCUCUACUAGUAUUGGACGACUCUUCUUCUGCAAACUGCUCCAGGUCUCUCAUAUUUGAAGGUCCACCGGUGUUCAAUGGGAUUUAGAUCUGGGCUCAUUGCUGGCCACUCUCCAGCGCUUUGUUCCCAUCCAUUUCUGGGUGCUUCUUGAAGUACGUUUGGUGUCAUUGUCCUUCUGGAAGACCCAUGACCUAGGACGCAAACCCAGCUUUCUGACACUGGGUCCUACAUUGCGACCCAGAAUCCUUUUGGUAAUCUUCAGAUUUCAUGAUGCCUCGCACACAGUCAAGGCACCCAGUGCCAGAGGCAGUAAACCAACCCCAAAACACACCUUUUGAACCUCCACCAUAUUUGACUGGAGGUACUGUGGUCUUUUCUUUGUAGGCUUCAUUCCUUUUUUCGGUAAACAGUGGACUUAAGUGUUUUACAAAAAAGCUCAUCUGUCCACGAGACGUUUUCCCGGAAGGAUUUUGGCUUAUUCACGUACAUUUUGGCAAACUGCAGUCUAGCUUUUUUAUGCCUCUGUGUCAGCAGUGGGGUCCUCCUGGGUCUCCUGCCAUAGCUGACACUGAUGCACCCUGAGCUUGAAUUUCUUUGGAACUUGAUUGGGGCUGCUUAUCCACCAUCCGGACUAUCCUGCGUUGCAACCUUUCAUCAGUUUUUCUCCUCCGUCCAGGGAGAUUAGCUACAGUGCCAUGGGUUGUAAGCUUCUUGAUUAUGUUGAGCACCGUGGACAAAGGAACAUCUAGAUCUCUGGAGAUGGACUUGUAACCUUGAGAUUGUUGAUAUUUUUCCACAAUUUUGGUUCUCGAGUCCUCAGACAGUUCUCUGCUCCUCUUUCUGUUCUCCAGCUUAGUGUGGCAGACACACAAUGCAAACAUUGAGUCAACUUCUCCCCCUUGUAUCUGGUUUUCAGUGUGAGUUCUAUAUUGUCCACACCUGUUACUUGCCAAAGGCAAGUUUGAACGAGCGUCGCAUGCUUGAAAUAAAGUUGUUUAACCACAAUUUUGAAAAAGUGCCAACUAUUUUGUCCGGCCCAUAUUUGGAGUUUUGUGUGAAAUUAUGACCAAUUUGUCUUUUUUUUUUUUUUUGUUUUGUUCCAGUACAGACAAAGGAAAUAAACGUGUAAUUGAAAUAAUUUUCAGGGGUGCCCACACUUUCUGCCAUGUACUGUAUAUGUUUCCAAAAAGUUGUAUUUACAUUUCCUUUACUUUCCAAUGGUCGCAGACUGAAUGAAUCAUAGAGCACAGUGUCAAUCUGCUGCUUGUAAAGCCAACACAGUAGGAUCAUGUCACCUGGACAUUUGACUUUACAUGCUCGUUGUAACCCAGUGCUAGCAUAAAUGGGUCAGUGUCCACCCUAGCACCACAGCGUCAUCUGUAUGCU